AUGAGAAAUAACCAAUUAUUAUUGACACUUUAUUCAACAUCUGAAAUUAUAUAUUCUUUCAUUCAUCUCAUUUCUAUUCCAACUAUUCUUGUUUUCGAUAAUUUUUUCUUAUUUUUCUCUUAUCGAACAUGGACAAAUUUGGAAAUUGGAAAAUGGACGCUGGUUUUGUACACAUUUUUCUUCAUUCAGGUAAAUUGUUUUUUUGUUAAUUAGAAACAAAAUUUGUGUUUUUUUUCAACUCAGAAUGUUACAAUAAUGAUGAUCCAAUUUGUAUAUCGUGCAUGGACAAUUUCCUCAUUCGGGAGAAAAUAUUUUUUGAAGUUCUAUGAAGUUGUUAUUUAUAUCAGUGUCACAAUAAUAAUUGCACCAUUAAUUUAUACAAUUCCAUCAAUAAUUUUGAUUUGGAACACACCUGGCUUCGUGCCAGAUGAUUUGAGAAUUUUGAAAUUGAAAUUAUUUGGAAAUGAUAUCAUUGAUGAUUUUGUUCUUCUGGGAAUACGAAAAGAAAUUAAUACAAGUUUUUCAAAUUUUAUAAUUGCGAUGACUUUAUUGGUUUUCGAAUUUACAAUAAUUAAUUCUUCUGCUUUAUAUGUUCAAUACACUGUGAAUCGAUCAACAAUUAGUUCACAAUCAAAGAAAAUACAAAAACAAUUACUCAUAUUAUUAAUUCUUCAGGUUGUCUUAAAUAUUAUAUUUCCAAACUUCUAAUUUAUAAUCAUUUUCAGACAUUUGUGGGUACUGUUUGUUCGGGUGUUUCACCAUUCAUUUGUUUGAUAAACCUAAAUUUCGAUAUCGAUUUGGAUUCCAUUCAACUUUUAUCAAUCUGUACAUUAUCGUGGUAUCCCAUUUUAGAUUCAAUUAUUCUUCUAACAUGUGUAACAUCCUACAGGUUUCAAAUAAUGCUUGAAAUUCUCAGAAAAGUUUAACUGUUUUUCCAGAAAAUUUGUCAAAAAUCUUCUCAUAAAAUCAAAAACAUCAACUCUUCGUGUUACAAUUUUCAAUAAUUCAGUUGUCUGAAAUCAAUACGACUUUUUUCUGUCGAAAAUGUGUCGAUAAGUACAUUUUUCGAAAUUGUAGUAAUUCUCUUCUCUGCUUCAUAUUUUUGCUUAUUUUUCAACCCAUGAUUAAUAAUCAUUGCGUGGACUCUCGAUAAACCCUAUAAUUAUCAACAAUAGGAUAUUAGUUUUCUAUAUUAGUAUCAUAUUUUUCGAGGAGUUUUCGAAAAAUGAGUACUUCUAAUAGUUUUUAUCUUCAACUUUCUUUUGCUAUUAUCUGGAAUAAUUCUGCUGUAGAAUUGGUUUCAACAUUAAAUUCAGAGAGAAAUUAUCUUGUUCGUCGAUUGGCAAUACAAUUCUUAUUCUUAAAUGCAGCUAAUCAUAUUGUUUCUUUGUGUUUUCCUGAUUCACUAUUAAAUAUUCCGGAAAUAUUCAAAACCAUCGAAACAAACGAUUGCGAAACCGAUUCUUUAGUUCAACGUAUUGUUGGAUUGUGGUUUUUCAUCGAAUAUUUGAUGGUCCAUGUGAGUUUUAUUUUUAUUUUUCAAAAAAACAUAUGUUUUUUAGUUACUAACAUAUUGUUAUUCAAUUUCAAUUAUCGGUUCAUUUAACUCGAGUAAUAUUUCUUUCUCAUUUCGCACUGCUUUACAAUUGUUACCAAUAUUCGUGGUUAUUUUUUUGAUUCAAAUUUUUCUGCAAAAUCAAAUACAUACUAAUUUGACCCCAACAAAACCCGAUGUUAUAACAACUUCAACAACUCGAUGUUUGUUUUCAUUUAUGGUGAUCCAGGUAAAAACUUUGAUAAUAACCCAAUUCAAAGUUUUAAAUUUUCAGGGACUGACACUACCAUUUUCAUAUAUUCAAUACAUCUUCGAGUUUAACAGAAAAAAUUUCAGUACCAAGAGAUUAUCGAAACAUUUUCUAAAGGUUUUUUUUCUGUAUGUCAACAGGAAUCAAUUUUUUUCAGGUCUUUGUUUUGUUGUUAUGCAACUACCGUCUUCAUGGACUUUCAAAAUAUGCACAAACUAAACUAUUAACUUCAGAAAAUUUCGAAAAUUAUAGUUCAAUCGCAAAUCUUUGUCUACAAAUUCUUCUAUCGCCAGCAUUGAUUUUCUCGAUUCCAGAAUUAAGGUUCUCCGAAAUUUUUUCAUUUAAUUCAUUCAAAAAAUCUUCCAGAGAAAAAAUUAGGAAUUUGGAACUGAAAGAACCAAUUGCAACAAUUUACAAGUGUGUUAUAAACAAGGUGUUAUCAAUUGAUAUUGAGCUGCUUUUUCAUAGCGUCCUAAUUUUAGGUGUUUUAUCGGAAAUAGUUCCAAAAUAA